CAUUUGGGGGCAGCACACGUCAAGGGGAUGAUCCCCCAAAUAUUUUAUCUAAUUUUAAUUAAUCAUCAAAAUUACGAGGAAGUCUAAACAUUUAGUUACCUAUAUUUAAUUUCAGCCGUGGCUAAUAUGAAAUGUGAAUAAAUAAAUUCUCGAUGCUGCGCUGCUCAAGCUAUCUCUUUGUAUUCAUAAUGGUUUCCGUUUUUUUCGGUUUUAUUAUAUGGGUGAUAACAACAGUUCUCUCAAAUGUUGACACUGCUCAAGGAACUUUAUCUGCGUGAAUAGAAGAACAUGUGUGCUGCUCAAAUUCCUUGCUCAGAUGGGCAGCACUGUCCACCACAUUGGCUGUGCUGCAAUGAAGGAUGUUGUGCACCUGCAACCAUCCUACCCAGACAUACACCAGAAACUUUUACGACCGAUUGGUUUUGGCAAUGGCAAGUGCUGUUUCUAAUGGUAACUUUGCUGGGGAUUUUUGCUUGCUGCUUAUGGUGCGUAGUCUUCAAGCGCAAUCGUGGAUUCUACAUGUGCUCAAUGGCCUGUUGUGUGCAUAGAAACACAUCCGAACAGGACUCUGCAGGCUCCGUCUACCCUCCACCAAGAUACAGUCGCUGUGGUUCCUUCCACCAAGCACCACCACCAUAUUCGGAAGUAACUUCGAAGCCAGAUCUCUAUCCACUCGUCAUAACAUGCAAUGAUGGAGAGGGAAAAUCCGACGGAAACUACCUAAUGGUCCACUACUUCAGAAAUUACGUGAUACGCACGCCUGGCUCCCUCUCAGCUACGAGUACUGCUGAAUCGAUCAACUCCAACUUCACUUGCAAUGCUUCUAACGAGGGCAAUACAAUGGUGCCUCCUCCAUACUCAAGAGCAAGCAGCUUCAAUGAAUGCAGCUUGGGAUGUGGGCGCUCUGUGCUUCGAUCUCUGACGUCUUUAGCUGAACCGCGACGCAGAGAACCUCAAACGAAUGCCACAUUCAGGGAGAACCUUAUAAAUUCGCCCGUUCAGCCAAUGGAUCCGUCUUUCGAUAUAGAUUUGGAGUUGAUGGACUGUGAGAUGUACUGUGACGGAAGUUGCAAGCCUCGUCUCGGUGCCUCGCCUCCUUUACGACACACACACUCAACUUCAGAGGAUACGGUGUUUGAACAAGACCCAUAUGACUUAAGACACGUCUUCCCUUCAGAAGCUGGAGCCUGUGAAUCACCACCACAACCAACGAGUCCAACCCAAACUUCCCGUGACUCUACAUUAAGACGCCUUAGCGAAGAGAGAAGAUUCAAGCGACUCGAUGCGCUUAAAAAAAUGAGAGCAAGAAAAUCAAGCCUAUACAUGCCUUUGUCAAUAGCCUACACUGGUAGGAGUUCAAGAAUAUCACCAGGAAGUAGGAUGUCUUCUCGAUCAGCCCCAGCUACACCAUGUGGGGCCUUAGUUCCUAACUUACUUCUGUUAUCACAAAGAGUAUCUUCCCGUCAUAGUUCACGUUCUUCAAAGCUAGAAGAAGAACAAGACCCUUUACUAGCAACGGAAACGGAAAAUGCUGGUGUUGAACAUAAAUUCUGACGCUCCAUUUGGAGAUCUAAAUUUAUUGAUAAUUUGUUGUUUUAAGUACUGUCAAAGGCCUAUUAUGUAGGUAAUACCGAAAAUCAAUUCAAUGUUGUGAUUGUUUAGCGUAAUAUUAUUAAUUAUAUAAUAAAUAAUACUAUAGAUAGAUAAUGUAUUAACUCGAGGCUUAUGAAUACGAGCUUGUUGGACCAUUGUUCACAUGCGUCAUUAUAAUGUAUUAUACUAAUAUGAUAAAAAUGAUUUUUUUUUUCACUGAAUAUAGCACUACUACUA